AUGAAGAUGUUGAGAUCAGACUCCAGGGCCAAAGGUCAAGUGGUAAACUGUGUGUUGUGUGCUGUUGGAGUGGAGACGCUGCAGCAGGGGGACUUCCACAGCUUGGCCGUGUACCUGCUAGUGUCGUCUGCGGGCGUCAUGCUGCUGGAGGGGGCCUACUUCCUGGAUGCCCUGCUCGUCAUGUGCCUGCCUUGUCCUCCAGGCCUGCAGUUGUUGGUGUUGUGGGGGAAGAUGGCUCAUCUCGGCGGCUUCCAGAAGUUCCUGUAUUACUCCAUCAUGUCCGUGGUGUGUUUCCUGCACCCCGUGUUGGUUUGGCAUGCUACUAUCCCAGGGACCAUGCUCCUGGUCACGGCCCUUUUCAACUUCGUCCUAAGUAAGAAGGCCAAGGAGGACUCUCCCAAAGGGGAGAGCUACGACGACCAAGGGCCGAGCACGGUGUGUGUGACGGAGAGCGACGGCCCCGGCGGCGCCUUGUCUUUCUUCCAUGUGGUGACGGGCAGGAGGGGGGCGGAGCCGGCCCUCGCCACCCGAGAGGGCCGUCCGGGCUCGACCGAGGUGGGCGAGAGCUCCCGAGCCAUGCUGGAGCUGGAGCGCAACGCGCCGCCCGCAGAAAGACAGAGGGAGUGGCGGAGGUGGAGGGAGAGGAGACGGGCGUGUCUGAGAGGCGGAGGGAGUCCCGUGGAGAGGGAGAUGGAGGAGUUUGAGAGGUGCUGCGACCCGGAGCCGGACACCACCUCAGACACGGCGCCCAUGAUUGCUGACUGACUGUUGGCCCGGCAGCGAGAACCCUGAGAACGUCACAUGGGCUGUCUCAGACUGCACCACCGACACCGCUGUGGCCGUCCUGUCACCGCGUCUGCAAACAGCAUGACAUCACUACUGACCUGUCACAUGAUGGACAUCACUACCGACCUGUCACAUGAUGGACAUCGCUACCGACCUGUCACACGAUGGAUUCAGGCUGUUUCAGCCCAGCCCUCUCAGGCGGUAUCCAUCCCUGUCUGUUGUCAUUUCACACUGUUUUUUUCUUGUUGUUCUUUUGAAGAAUCAUUGUGUGAAUAAAUUAUUAUCGUUAUAAAUUAUGG